UAUGUGCUCAAGAUCAUGACCACUUCCAUAUGACUAUAAUUUUAUUUUUUUAGUCUGUAAGCAAGUGCCGGUAUUUACACAGUAACUCCUUUAAGUAGAUAACAAAAGACAUAAAAUUUUUUUCUACAAGCAAUAAAUAAUUAUUUAUCACUAACCGCUCAAAACAGUCUAUGAAAUUGAAUAAUAGCAACUAAAUAGAUAAAUAAAUAAUGGGACAAGCAGUUUCUAGAACGGAUUUUGAAUGGGUUUACACCGAAGAACCUCAUGCCAGUCGACGAAAAUUAAUAUUGGAAAAAUACCCGCAGAUAAAAAAACUGUUUGGAUACGAUCCGAAUUUCAAAUGGGUGGUGACAUUUAUGGUGUUGAUACAAUUUGCUUCAAUGUUUAUUGUAAAAGAUUUAAGCUAUCCAAUGUUAUUUCUGAUGGCUUAUUGCUUUGGAGGUGUUAUUAACCACUCUCUUAUGUUAGCUAUUCAUGAAAUAUCACACAACCUAGCGUUUGGACACUCAAGGCCGAAGGCUAAUAAAUUGUUUGGAUUUUUUGCUAACCUGCCAAUUGGAUUGCCAAUAUCUAUUAGUUUUAAAAAAUACCAUUUAGAGCAUCAUCGUUACCAAGGUGAUGAAUAUUUAGAUACUGACUUGCCGACACUACUUGAAGCUAAACUAUUUUGUACAACAUUUGGUAAAUUUUGCUGGGUAUUACUGCAGCCAUUUUUCUACUCAUUCAGACCAUUGAUCGUUUAUCCAAAGCCUCCGACAUUUUUGGAGUACGUGAAUUUAGUAAUACAAUUAAUUUUCGAUGCCAUUGUAUGGUAUUUUUUGGGUGGAAAAGUAUUGGUGUAUUUGAUAAUGGGUGGAGUGAUGGCAAUGGGGCUACACCCAGUAGCUGGACACUUUAUUUCAGAGCAUUAUAUGUACAAAAAAGGGUUUGAGACGUACAGUUACUACGGACCGUUAAAUCUAAUCACGUUCAACGUUGGUUAUCAUAAUGAGCACCACGACUUUCCGGCUGUUCCUGGGUCGCGUUUGCCGGAGGUAAGGAAAAUAGCCUCUGAAUUCUACGAUAACUUACCUCAUCACAACUCCUGGACAGCGGUGAUCUACGAAUUCAUAAUGGACCCGGAGAUCGGGCCGUACGCACGAAUAAAACGCAAGCACAGAGGUUUAGAUUCGUGAAAUUUUUAAUUUUUUAAGAAAUUAUAAUGAAAUGAAUUUUAUAUAUAUACAUAUUUAUUAUACAUAUUUUUACGACGAAGUAAUUUACAAAAGUUAUUGGUACAAUUAUUGAACUUAUAUUUUUAUCUGACUCUAACAAGACAAUUAAUUCCAAUUUUUACAUUUAAAGUUAAUCAUAUUUAUAAUAUGAUGGUUUGAUAUACUUCUUUAAAAUUAAAAGUUGUUAGCACAAUGGGUUCUUCGCAAACUAUCAUUAAUUAUUAUUAAUUCUAAUUGCUGAUAUAAUUUUUAAAAAACUAAUGAUAAUGAAUUCAAUGUCUCCUGGCCAAAGUUAAAAAAAAAAAAAAUUCCGUCUUCAUUUAUGUAAUUUUUAACGUCUAGUCGAUUGAUAUAUCUUGCGUUUAUAAACUUUGCCGUAUUCCAUAAUAUUAAUAAUAUAAUAAUUAAUCUCAUAUUUUUGCAUUGCAAUCAACAAACUUACAAGUAUUACGUAAUAAAACAAUCAAAGUAAUAAUGCUAAUAAUACAUUAAA